UAUGGCGGCUGGUGUCUCAGGUCUCGGCGGUGGCCGGCGCUUCUUCAGUGGCUUCCUGGCCGGGGCCGUCAUGGGUGCCGCUGGGGCCGGGCUUGCUGCCCGGAGGCUCCUCCGCAGCCACGACGAAGACUCUGCUUCGAGGACAAGAAAGCCGGCAGGCAAUGCAGACCGAAGACACUGUAAAUUCUGCCCAGACCCCAGCAUCCCGCCAGCCUUCAGCGCAGACAACGAGGACUACCUGGGGAGCGGCUGGUCGCGGGGACACAUGGCACCGGCGGGAAAUAACAAAUUCUCAACAGAAGCCAUGCAGGAAACCUUCUACCUCUCGAACAUUGUGCCUCAGAACUUUGAUAAUAAUGCUGGCUAUUGGAACAGAAUUGAAAUGUAUUGUCGAGAGUUAACGGAGAGGUUUGAUGAUGUUUGGAUCGUCUCUGGACCCUUGACCUUGCCGCAGAUGGGCGAAGACGGAAGGAAGAGAGUUACCUAUGAGGUCAUCGGCAAGGACGACGUGGCCGUCCCGUCUCACCUCUACAAGGUCAUCCUGGCCCGCAGGAGCCUCACCUCCAGUGAACCCCUGGCGUUGGGUGCUUUUGUGGUGCCCAACGACGCCAUUGGCUUCCGGCCCCAGCUCACAGAGUUCCAGGUGAGUAUCCGCGAUCUGGAGAAGAUGGCAGGGAUCGUGUUCUUCCCCCGAUUGGAUACAGCCAGAGACACCAGGAGCCUCUGUGAGGUGGACACGUGCAAGCUUCUGGACUUCCAGGAGUUCACUCUGUACCUGAGCAAGAGGAAGAUCCAGGGAGCGCGGACGGCCCACAGGCUGGAGAAGGUCAUGUCUGAGCUGAAGGAGGCCGGGGUGCAGGCGGACGAGCAUCUCCUGAGCCUUUACCGGGAGAAGCUGAGGCAGCUCAGCUCUGUGGAGCCACCGGGAGUGCAGGAGAGGAAGUCGGGCUGAGGGCCUUGGGGAGGGGCCGCGGUCGCCUGGAGCACUGUUGGGCCAGGGCGGUGUGACGCUGCGAGGGGCACAGGGUCCCCGGGCUGCUCCUCCCGGCCAGGCCCAGCUGAAGGUUGGAGGCCCGAGCGCUGGGCUCGCUGUUCUGCCCUCCUUUGCUUGUGUGAAGAGAGCUUCACCGUGAGACCCACUGUGCCCCUCUGGGACUCUUCAGUGUGCCAGACUUCUGGACCGCCCCGUGAUCAUGUGUUUUAGAAAGGCCCCCUUGGAGUCCCAUGGCUGAACCCUCCUUCCCCAAAGACCCAACUCAAUCCCUAAUAGGCAUCUGCCUCUGCAGAUGAGCCAGGCAGCCUUUCUCCUUCUCGUUCCUGGUGUUUCUUCUUGAGGAGCACGCCACAUCUGUCCUCAUUAAUCUCCCCCAGAGGCUCCCUGCUCCCCUCUGAUGUUGGGACACCUCCAACUGAAAGAAAGAGGAUAGGAGGUCAAUAUCACGUCUCAGCUUGCCCCUGGUUCUUCUGAAGCUUGUGGCCCAGGGUCUCGUGUCUAUUUCUAUGGGUACCUGUUAUCCUGCGUCCUUGCGGGCCAGAGCUUUGAAGAACCUGGCUCCUUCCCUUUUAGAUUGGCCAAAGGGGGCUUCGUUUCCUCAGUCACGACCCCUCACCCUCUCAGUCUACUAGAAAGAGCUAUGAUGGAAAACCUUCCUAAGCCAGCUAGAAAUGCCCCCUGUGUUAUCUGAGCCUCUGUUUGCCUCCAAACAGGAGCUGACAGGAUUUCCCAAGUCUCCUCUGGGCAUGCAUACAUACAGCAGUGCCCUAUCUUAGAAUUUGGCUAGUUUGUACAAAAUGUUCCAAAUAGAGGGGUCCUGAAAGCUAGCUGAGAGCAAAGGCCUCACCCCUGGCUGUGUCUGCCUGGGGCCGGUGGAGUGGGCUGGGCAGAACCUGGGCCAUGACAAGCUUAAUGAUAAUUAUAGCUUGCAGGUGUACAGAGCACUUUGUCUAGGGAUGGCCUCCUACGUGAUGCCAGAGCAGCCUUGUGAGGGAGGCAGAUGAAGUCCUGGAGAUACUCGUCACCUGUGGGGUAUGCAGGACAGUGUGCUGUGGACUGGACAAACGAAAAGGAGCAAUGGUAGCCCUUCCCAUCAGAAACUCCCCAUGUGAUAGGCAGGGGGAUGUGCCGCAUCCGUGUGCCACCCUGAUCAAAGUGAGAGGGUGAUUAGGUGCUGAUGAGAUGCCACAUGAGGGUCUGGGCACUGGAGGACAGAGACGGGAAGAGGGAGAGGGAGAGAUACCUCCUCUAGCUUGAAGCAGCGUCUCCCACCUCCCUUGAGCCAGACUCUUGACUUUGGGUUUGCAUGAAACCCUUUUCUGGGUUAUAAAAAUAUACAGUGAGAUACCUUGGGGCACAACGGGGACUUGUCUAAAUGGAUCAGACUACAGGGCUGUCUUUCCGUGCAGGGCUCUGGAAGCAAUUUCUGUAAUGUUUUUAUGUGUCUCUCUUGGCUUCUGAAAACAUAGAAGCCUGAAGAUAGAAUGGGGCUAUCAUUAUGAACUCGGACCUUGGUGUGUUCUGGUAAAAAGACUGCACUAGAUCCAGGGGCAGGAAGACCCAGACCUUCCUCGUGUGCAUCCUUGGCAGCUCCGGCCAGCCUGUCUGUCUCUGGCCACAGUCUGCUCUUUGCCCCUGCUUCGUUACCCUUCCCCAGUAGCCCACCUUUCCCGGCUCUGCCUCCCUUGUGGCACCCCUCCUCUCUGGGGAGAGCAGAGCAUAGAUGCCCCUGUGGCCUGGGGAGGUGGUCCCUUGGGGAGACGUGGAGGAUGGCACUGACCAUGUCUCCAGAGUCUGGAGCUGUAUUGAGAUAAGAGCAGCAAGAUAAGGAUGCCCACCUGCCUUGGUUUUGUAAUGUUUUAUUUUUGAAUAAAAUAAUGUUGGAGUGCU